UGUUAGCUGUUAAGAUACGGACGGCCUGAAGCAGUGGAAACUUCGAGCUUGGCAGCAGUUGUGAAAUCGGAACGGCGAGUGAUUGAAGUCCACACUGUUAACACGUUAGGAAUGGAAGAUAGUUAGCGUAUAUAGUUGGAAUUAAAAUGGAUGAAAGCAUAACGAAGGAACCGAGAAAGGCUGCUGCCGCGCCCAAGAAAAUAUUCAAGAAUAAAAUUCGCCGUCAUUUACCCGUGGGGAAAGGUCCGUACACUGUUGGAUGCGUGGAUUUUAUGAAUGACCAUACAGAAGAAGGUGUAUUCUUUCGAUUGUUCUAUCCGACCAAAAAAUCAGAUAUUUAUAAAAGAGAUAGACAAUGGCCUCUAUGGUUACCAAGAAAACAAUAUGGUCAUGGUUAUGUGUAUUUUUUAGGGAGAAAUAUUAAAACAUUUGGCAAAUUUUUUAAUUGGUAUGUAGAUGAUGUCUAUGUACCAGCGUUAUCACAAGCUCCUGUGUUAAAGAUGGAUAACAUUAAAUACCCUGUAAUAGUUUUAUCGCAUGGUCUCGGAGGUAAUCGUACCACCUACUCUACAUUGUGUUGUGAACUGGCUUCUCAGGGAUUUGUUGUAGCAGCCAUUGAACACAGUGAUGGUUCAGCGUCAAUGGCAUUACGACUAAAAGAAUUUUUCAAUAAUAAUUUUAACAACAAUAAUACAGAGGAUUCCACCGACUCUCACUCUUCCCCUGAGUCAUCCUCCUCCUCCUCGUUUACUCCACCACCCCCCGACACCCCACAGCGCCACCGAUUACAGCAUUUAAACACAUUUAACGAGGACUGGAAACCGUUUGAGAAAGUAGAAGAUAUUUUUGACUUUAAAUAUCGAAAUGGGCAGAUAUAUCAUCGAUCAGAAGAAUGUCGUAAAGUAUUAGAUUUAUUGACGGCCAUGGAUCAGGGAGAGUUAAUACAUAAUGUCUUCGGUGUCGUGUUUGAUACUUCUCAAUUUAAGAAUUGCCUAGAUCUUUCGAAAGCUUCUGUGAUUGGUCACUCAUUUGGUGGCGCCACCUGUCUGUGCACGUUAGCUACAGAUAAACGUUUUAAAACAGGUGUUGUGGUAGAUGGCUGGAUGCACCCACUGGAUGAACAAGUGUAUAAAAAUGUCACCCAGCCUGUUUUAAUGAUAAAUUAUGAAACAUUCCAAUGGUUGGCUAACGUUAAACAAAUGUCACGAUUUCUUACAAAAACCAUGAUAACAGUUAGAGGAACUUGUCAUCAGAGUAUAUCAGAUUUUCAGUUCAUUGCAAACCCUGUAUUAGCUCGCAUAAUGAGAGUUCGAUAUAGUCUUACCCCUAAACUGGCAUUUGGUACCAGUGCUAAAGGAAUGUUAGGAUAUCUACGAAAACAUCUGGGGCUGGCUGGUGACCAGCAUAGUGACAUCUUUAAUGGUGACCAUGACCUUGUGAUAAAUGGAACUAAUCUGAAGCUUUCCUGACCAUCACAUGACCAUAUCUAUAAAUAGAUUAACCAAUGGAAGGUGAAGCUGAAUACUGUGAUAAUCUUUAGUCUGCUGAAUAAUCAAAUAAUCUGCUGGUUUGAUAGUAACUUUGAUUUUUGUUUGGUACUAUAUUUAAGCUCAGGAAGUGCUAAUUUACCAUGGUUUCUAUCCCUGUCCAACCUUGUGUGUGGGUUUUCUCCAGGUCCUUUGGUUUCCUCCCACUGCUGAAGACCUCUAGCUAUAUACAGUCACAUUUUUAGAUAAAAUUGUAACAAAUGUUAGUCCCAAAAUGACCUAGUUUGUGUUGAGUGGAUGUUAAACCCCAUUUAUCUGUCUCUCUGUUUGCAUGAAGGGGGCUCAAAAGUAGAAUUUCAGUAUGAUGUUUGAUAUAAUCUCAAAUGUCAGUAUAUAACUAGAUCAUCCCCCUAGCUCCCACUCCUCCUCUCCCCCACUACACCCUUGAUUAUUAUUAGAAAUCCGAAAUUUACAGAAUAUUAAAUCAAUAUGAAUCUUAUAUCAUUUUGGGAUGGAGCCUCAUUUAUGGCAGAAGAAAUUAGACACCAAUAAUAUUGAAAUGAGAAAUGAUAUUUAAUUCCAAAGAAAACAUUUAAUUUUUGUUUGGCUUUAGAAGCAUUAAUUACUACCUUAAUUCCUAAUUUCGGCAUUAGAAUUAUUGAUGUUUUACAUGUUGUAUAUGUAUAGUGCCUGAAUAUAGAUUAUUUUUAUAUUAUGUACAUGACUGUGUGUCAUAAAAAGUGUGAUCACUUUCACUCGUCAUAGACUUGGACAAGAAAAUUCAGCCAAGCAGCUCCGACAGUGGCACAGAAAUUCAAUUUUUCGAAGUCAUAAAAUUAAUGAAAACAAUUAAAAUUCUUGUGUUAGUGAUGAAUUUUUUGCCUUUGUUUUCUUGUGGGGCAGUCUCAAUCUAGAAAAUGUGAUAAUGAAGAUCUAGAAAUGUUUAUAUAGUUGUGAUAUCUAUGACAGUUUUUAUGUAUAGAUCUAUUUUAGUGACACCUUUUAUAUUUUUAUUAUUGUGUUGUUCUUAGUUUCGAAUCGUGUAUUUACCACCUUUCGUGGGAUAUAUAAAGGUCAAUCUCCAGGAAUAUGUCUGUUUUAGAGGUUAAUUAAUAUUUCUCAGAAAUAAUGGUCUUUUGUUGACAUGUUGACUCGAGAUGUAUGCUAGCAAAGAGACAACCAGUUUCCGAGAAUGAGGCCAGUGUGUAUAUUUGAAAAUAUUUAAAUUGAUAUUUAUUAACAUUCUUCUAAUACUUCUUAUUAAUGAGAUUAGUAUAUGAAGACCACAUAGACUUGCCGAUUUUUCUUUAGAAUUUUAUUGGGCUUUAAAUCUAAUUUUAUUUGAAUAAUUUGUGUAUGAAGAACAAUACAAAGACACAGACUUUUCAUCCGAUUUUAUUGGGCUUUGAAUACCAGUUUAGAUAAAUAAUUUGUGAUGCUACAGAAAGAUAGGUGUAUUGAGUCUAUACUAUUGAUUGGCUAUUUUUAUAUAAUGAUAUUAAAACUAGGGACUGGGCGAAUGGUACUUAUUGUGUUUUGGGAUUAUUCUCUACUUGAACCCGACUAGUGACAUAAUAUGAUAAGUUAUUAAGAAUGUCCUUAAUAAGGCCAUACAAACAAAAUAUUCUGGUUCUCUGACAAUCCUUACUAAAAAUCUGAUGCAGGAGGGAGGUUUUUAUUAAAUAAAACCAGGUCAUGACGCAGGAGUAUCUGAGAUGCAAAUUUUUUUUUUUAUUUGGCCUUAUAUGAACAUGUUAUGUGUCAUCAAUGGUUUUUUUUUUUCACUUUAAUCUCAGCUAGCUUUAUAUCUAUCUAUAAGCUACAUCUAUCGCUUCUCUCUAUCAGGUAAAGAUAACUAAAACGAUAUUUGAACAAUAAGCAAAAGGUAAAUGAAAUAAGAUAUAAAUGUGUUUUAAUUAGAGUGGCUAAAUGUGUUGAUAAUGUGAUAUUAACAUAUAAUAUAUAUAUAUACAGGGUAUUGGUCAGUUUAUUUUUAUUUAUUUAUAUUUUUAAUACCAGUAUAUAGUGCCAAACAGUGUAUCAAAUCUCUCUUUUUGUUUUAUUAUAUAUGUAGAUCUAUUUUAUACAUAAUUAUUAUUUAUAGUUUUAGUGUUCUCUGUCAGAGCCAUACAAUUUUAAAAUUGAAAUUUGAUGCAUGUUUGCUUGUAAUAUACUAUAAGAUUAUAAAUAGACUGCAAUCAUUUAAAAGGUGUGAUAAUUGACUGUUAAUUAAUAAUCAUCAGAAUUUAUUAGAAUAAAAUGAGAAGGUUUUAACUUUCAUAUCCAUUUUAAAGUGCAUAUAUUGUGAUACAUAAAUUAAUAUAAAUAAAGUUUUGAUUAAUAAUGACAAUUAAUUCAUGAAAUAUGUUUCUAAAAGCAUUCAUUAAAUUUAUAUUUUUAAACUGUGUGGUUCAGACAAUAAUGGUUGUUAUACUAAAUAAUUAUGGCAAAUUUUUAUUUUCGAUAUACACAUAAUAAAUAUGAACCUACCGGUAGUUAUUGACGUAAUAUAUAAACUGAUGUGAUGCCCAGUGUGCCUGUUGACAAAUAAAUAUAUUUUAUACUCUGGUUUUAUUUACUGUACAUUUAUUUCUUUGUACACAACACUAUGGACUACAAUUUUGUUUGUGCUAUGAAACUCCAAAGGCACCGCAGGACGAUUCAUUGUGAUACAUUAAAUGUGUAUGAUUUUAAUGUCCAUAUUGUAGUUGUUAUGUGAUGAAGCAUAUCCAGAUAUGAAGAAUCAUGUGGUUUGUAUGAAGUGAUAAUUAUUAUUAUUAUGAUAUAAUUUAACUUAAAACACAUAAAGAUGGCAGUAUGAAAUCAUAGUUAUCACUGUAAACUUUAGUUUGAUUUUGAAUUGAUUGAUUUGUAUAGAUUUUCGACCAAAAUGUUUUUAAAUAAUAUUGUGUAGUCUUAAACCUUUAACCAUGAACUUGCAUGUAUAUAUGUUCAAUUCCCAUCAAAAAUACUAAUUUCUUUGAAAUACUACAACCACACUUAUACCCAAGUACACAAUAUUGAAAUUGCCCAAAAUCUAAUGCAGAUCUGGGGGUAAAUUAGGGGUCAUAUUGGUGAAUUUUGACAGAUUGUUAUAGACAAUAUUUAACUUUUAUUUAUUUGGUUUCACCCACUCAAUAGCAAUCUCCCAGAAUUAUGUUUAUUACUUGCACAAAGCUGGACUGAACACAUCAUUUCAUUGCUAAUACCCCACUGCAACAUCUAACAGAAUGCAGUUUAUUUAAAGUCAUCCAGACAAUGAAAAUGGUUUGAAACAUUAAUGUAAUGAAAUGAGAUAUGAUCUGUGUUCUAAUUUGGUUUGAAAUUUAAAUCUUAAUUCAUAAAUGGUAACAUAAUACUUGCUGGGAAUCGUAUAUAGAUACAAUAUUUGAUAAAUUUACAUGUAUUUAUUGUAGUUUAGAUUACAAUCAAAAUUUGAAUUUGUAAUCCAUGGUGUUUAGGCUAUAAGUUAAUUUAAUCUUUUAAAAAAAACCUGUGAAUCUCAAUAAAUAGUUGAUUAAAUACAGGCUAUUGCAAAUAUGAUCUUAUUCAAAAUUAAUGAUAGACUUUAUGCAGAGGCAAUGUUGUCCACUAGGAAAUUUUUGAAGACAGAGGCACAAGACUGUUGCUGAUGUUGGUAUAUUUUUAUGUCUGUAUUAGCUAAAAUAUGCUUCCAUUCGUUUCACUUAUUUUGUAUUCAAAAGUGGACAGUAUAAGCCAAAAUCUAAACUGAACUUUGCAAGCAAUCUGACUUCCACUUAAUCGCCAGAACCAAACAUAUUAUAGUCUGUCCAAAAUCAACAUAUUAUUUUGAUCCGAGUCGGAGGUUUAGCUGCUAAGCAUAAUUCUGUACUAGUAGAAAGCAUAAUUCUGUACUAGUAGAGUAUAUAUUUUAUAUUUAGUAUAUUUUCUUUUCUUAGCCUAAUAUUUUAUGAUGAACAAAAUUUUCUCUUGUACAUUUUAUAUUCUAUUUUCAGAGGAAAAACAAUAUUGAAAGAAAUAAAACUGUUUCAGUUAGAAUCA